GAACCUUCGGAUCACAUUUGGACGAUGGCGUUUUGGCUACAAAUGGGUUUCCUGAUGGCCAGCCUAACGUCUUCAGUGGUGAGAGGGCGAGUAGAAAAUGAGCUGUCUCCAGAGUGCAGAGAAUUCCUCUUCAUGAGAACCCCACCGAAAGGCCUGGAGCUCCCCUCCAUCAAGUACAUCUGUCAGUUUCACAACAAGAAGCCGCGCUACGUGACUCUGUACAGCACGGAGGAUCACAUUCCCAUCUACUCCGCCUACACCUUUAAGCACUCGGAUGGGGAGACGUGUGUGGAUGUUCCCUGGAUGUAUGAGCCACAGUUGUCCACUUCUUUUGACACAGACGAGAUGCAGCCCUUUCCACGCGGUUACAUGCACAUGAACUUUGAAGACGCACAAGCGAUUCUGGACGACUACACCAACGCCAUACACUACGAGCGAGGGACCCUGAACCCGGACGAGCAUCAGAACGAACUCGACGACAAGGCCUCCACUUACACCCUCACCAACGUCGUCCCCUUGGUGCCCGACUUCAACGACAGGAUCUGGAAUAAACAGGAGCACAUCGUCCGCAAACGGCUUAACAACUACUGCCGCGGGAAGGCCUACAUAGUGACCGGGAUCACCAAGUCAGGGAAGAUGAUCCGCAGGGAAAACAUGAACCGUAUCGCAGUCCCCAACUACCUGUGGUCGGCUUACUGCUGCGUGGACUAUGACCACAACACUCCUUAUACGGAGCGAUACAAGUUCCCGUCUUUUGCUCACUACGCCCUCAAUGAGGACGAGAACAACGAGAUAGUAGAGACCUCCGUCCCAAAGCUCCAGGAGUUUCUCAAAAAGACGUUUGCGAACCAGAACUUUCAGAUUUUUGAAGGGGACUGCAAUCCCCAGUCCUCCAUGAAAAGUGAUUAAGAAAAAUAUUUUGAAAUGAUUGUAAAUUUGAAUAAAUAAAGCUCCACUGUCUCCAAAUCUCUUAAUAUACUCUGACAGCUUACCAGACUAAAAUAUAAGCAAAUAAACGGAAUUUAAUCAUGAACUACAUCAAUAUGUGUGUUUGUUCUACACACAUAUUAAUUCUUGAUAUAAUAUGUGAAAGUGGUUGCAGAACUUUCAUUUUCUAAUUAAAGUUCCUCAAGAAAAAACAAGGAAGAAAAUGACCGACAAGACAAGUUAGGAGUUAUGUUCAUGGAAUAGAUCAAACCAUUCUGAAUCAUAACUCAAUAAGGUUCCUCAAAUUCUCACUUAAUAAAAACAGAGCAUAAAAGUGAAGUAUGAGAUCUGUUCUACUUUUGCACUUCUACAGCUCAUUAAUCAGCAAAAUGACACCUACCAGAGAAGGAUAAUAAAAAGAAAUAUUUAAGCAUGCAUCAUAAAAGAAGAGCAAACGUCUCUGACCUAUAAAGAAAACUUUACUAAGCAUUUGUCUUACCUGUUUGAGUGUCUACCUGUUUUCAAAGGUUAUUUUCUUGUCAUGUUCAGGACUUAGAAUUUUUUUAGCAUGAUUUUAUCUAAUUAACAACCGCUCAGUAACUGCAUCGGUACGUUAUGUUGUAAUAAACCGUUCAAUCAGCC